AUGCGGCCUUUAUCGAUUUCGUUGUCCAACUCGUGGAAGCCUCGACUGUUUACAGAGGUUGCCAAAACAAGCACGGAGCAGCCAACUAAGACUUGUUUGAGACCCAGAAAGCGAGUCCUCUGUCACCAGUCGUCAAUCGGUGGGAGAGAGGGAGAGAUGGUGAAGAGUGAGAUAGUAAUGGCGGCUGAGAAAUUGGUGGAAUCGGCGAUGAAAGGGAACGAUGCAUCCCACGAUGCUGCCCACGCGUUCAGAGUGAGAGACUUGGCUCUCUCUCUUGCCCUUGAAGAGGGCAUCUCCUCUUCCUCCGAUUCUAUGCUCAUUGUGGAGUUAGCUGCUCUUCUACAUGACAUUGGGGACUACAAAUAUAUAAGAGAUCCAUCAGAGGGAAAACUCGUGGAGGACUUUCUUGACAAGGAGGGCUUGGAAGAGAGUAAGAAGAUGAGGAUAUUAAGCAUCAUAAAGGGAAUGGGUUUCAAAGAGGAGAUUGGGGGAAUUAAGGUGGGUAAUUAUUCCUCAGAAUUUGGAGUGGUACAAGAUGCUGAUCGUCUUGACGCAAUUGGUGCUAUAGGAAUUGCUCGUUGCUUUACAUUUGGUGGAAGCAGGAACAGAGUGCUCCAUGACCCCAGCAUCAAACCUCGAUCAGAUCUGUCCAAGGAUAAAUACAUUAACAAAGAUGAGCAGACAACUUUGAAUCAUUUCCAUGAGAAGCUUCUCAAGUUGAAGGAUUUGAUGAAAACUCAGGCUGGUCAGAGAAGGGCAGAAAAAAGGCACAAAUUCAUGGUAGAGUUUCUUGAAGAGUUCUAUGAAGAAUGGGAUGGAAGAGCUUGA